AUGGGAAUAAAUGGAAAGCGUAUAACUGGGAGUAUGCUUCCUCAGUACAUUGGCCAGACAAUCCGUUUUGUGGGCAAAGUGGUCACUGCUAAGGGCAAUUAUCUUUUGCUAAAGUCAGCAGACAAUUUGGAAGUUUCCUGUACAAUUAAUUCACCCAUACCUUCAUCAAAAUUCAUAGAAGUGGUUGCCCGGGUCAGAGAUUCUGCCACCAUAGAACAAAAUGGCAAUUUGUAUUCCCUGGGAGAAGACUGUGAUUUGGAUCUCAUGGCUAAAGUAAUCUCCCUAUCACACAAUCCGACCAUCAGUCAAUACUACUAUGCAUCAUAG